UGGUGGUGUCAUGAUCUACAUUGAUCGGAUAGAGGUUGUGAACAAACUGGCCCCAUAUGCAGUGUACAACAUCGUGAGGAACUACACUGCAGACUACGACAAGACCUUGAUCUUCAACAAAAUUCACCAUGAGCUCAAUCAGUUCUGCAGUGCCCAUACCCUGCAGGAGGUGUACAUCGAGCUGUUUGAUCAGAUAGAUGAGAACUUGAAGUUGGCCCUGCAGAAGGAUCUCAAUGUCAUGGCACCAGGUCUCACUAUCCAGGCUGUGCGUGUGACAAAGCCCAAAAUUCCAGAGGCAAUCCGAAGAAACUUCGAGCUCAUGGAGGCUGAGAAGACCAAGCUGCUGAUUGCAGCCCAGAGGCAGAAGGUGGUGGAGAAGGAGGCAGAGACAGACAGGAAGAAAGCUCUCAUUGAGGCAGAGAAGGCUGCACAGGUGGCCAGGAUUCACUACCAACAGAAGAUCAUGGAGAAGGAAACUGAGAAGCGAAUCUCCGAGAUCGAAGAUGCUGCAUUCCUGGCAAGGGAGAAGGCAAAAGCUGAUGCAGAGUACUAUGCUGCUCGGAAGUUGGCUGAUUCCAACAAGCUGAAGCUGACCCCUGAGUACCUGGAGCUAAUGAAGUACCAAGCCAUAGCAGCCAACAGCAAGCUGUACUUCGGUGAUCGCAUCCCCAGCGUCUUCCUGGACUCCUGUGCCUUCCAGCAAGCCAAUGUGAGGACUGCCCAAGAAACCAGCCUUCCUGCACAGGAGGCCCCAGAGCCCUCUGGAGAGAGCCAGCUCAGAGCCAAGGAAAGCACUGGCUGA